AAUAGCCAGGGAUUGGCAGAGCCUGGGCAGAGCGAUAGAAGAAGGGUUUGGCAAAUUGGGCAGAAAGAAAAAACUGAAGCGACUUGAGCGAAUGCAUGUGUGUGAGUGCUGGCAAAGAGAUCGGAUCGCCAUCAGGAAUUUAAAAAAAAGACACGACGAGAGUUAAAGGAGGACUGAAGAGACAGAAGCUGGAGCCAAGAUCAGAGUUCCAGCCUGAUAGACAGACAGACCUGGGAGCAGCCGGCGUGUAAUUGGUGAAGAUGUCUGAUAAUGGGGACAUUGAGGACAAGCCCCCAGCCCCGCCCAUGAGGAACACCAGCACUCUGAUUGGCUCCUGCAGCAAAGAUCCCGCCCCCCAUGGCUCCAAGCCCCUCCCCCCCAACCCAGAGGACAGGAAGAAGAAAGAUCGCUCCAUCAGAUCCAUCCUGACAGGAGGAGGAGACAAGACCAACAAGAAGAAGGAGCGUCCAGAGAUCUCUCUGCCUUCUGAUUUUGAACACACCAUCCAUGUGGGCUUCGAUGCGGUCACUGGAGAGUUCACAGGGGAGAUCUUAGGAGGAAUGGAGCGAGGCAUGCCGGAGCAAUGGGCUCGGUUGCUCCAGACCUCUAACAUCACCAAGCUGGAACAGAAGAAGAAUCCUCAGGCUGUCCUUGAUGUUCUCAAAUUCUAUGACUCCAAGGAGACCAACAACAGCCAGAAAUACAUGAGCUUUACAGACAAGAGUUCAGACAACUACAGCUGUUCCAACACUGCCAGCUCCAAGGCUGUGUCAGAGACGCCUGCCAUAGCAACCGUAUCUGAGGACGAGGAAGAUGAGGCCACGCCCCCUCCUGUUGUCGCUCCCCGACCAGAACACACCAAAUCAAUAUACACUCGUUCUGUGAUAGAUCCCCUCCCAGCUCCUCCCACCAGAGACGUUGCCACGUCGCCUAUCUCCCCCCCACCUCCGGAGGGCGCCACCUCCGCCAUCACACCCCCCACUAGCCCCACCCCUAGUCCUGCUCCUGGCCCCUCCCUGCCACGCCCCGCAGACAAAACACGCAAGAAGAAGAUGUCUGAUGAAGAGAUACUGGAGAAACUGCGGAGUAUAGUCAGUGUGGGAGACCCCAAGAAGAAAUACACGCGCUUCGAGAAGAUCGGACAGGGUGCGUCAGGUACGGUAUAUACAGCCAUAGACAUCGCUACAGGCCAGGAGGUGGCCAUUAAACAGAUGAACCUGCAGCAGCAGCCGAAGAAGGAGCUCAUCAUCAACGAGAUCCUGGUCAUGAGGGAAAACAAGAACCCCAACAUUGUUAACUACCUGGACAGUUACCUGGUGGGGGAGGAACUAUGGGUAGUGAUGGAGUAUCUGGCUGGAGGUUCUCUGACUGACGUUGUCACGGAAACAUGUAUGGACGAGGCUCAGAUCGCUGCUGUGUGUCGGGAGUGUCUGCAGGCCUUGGAGUUCCUCCAUUCUAACCAGGUGAUCCAUCGUGACAUCAAGAGUGACAACAUCCUUCUGGGAAUAGACGGAUCAGUGAAACUCACUGACUUUGGGUUCUGUGCCCAGAUCACUCCAGAGCAGAGUAAGAGGAGCACCAUGGUGGGGACUCCCUAUUGGAUGGCUCCAGAGGUGGUGACCAGGAAGGCUUACGGUCCUAAAGUUGACAUCUGGUCUCUAGGCAUCAUGGCUAUAGAGAUGGUGGAGGGAGAACCCCCUUACCUCAAUGAAAACCCACUCAGGGCGUUGUAUCUGAUUGCGACCAACGGGACUCCAGAGCUUCAGAACCCAGAGAAACUGUCCUCAGUCUUCAGAGACUUCCUCACCUGUUGCCUGGAAAUGGAUGUGGAGAAGCGAGGGAGCGCUAAUGACCUACUACAGCACCAGUUCUUGAAGGUGGCCAAGCCUUUAUCCAGUCUGACUCCUCUCAUCCUGGCAGCCAAAGAAGCAGCCAAGGCUAACCGCUAACCUGCUAGAUGCUAGCACAAUGGAUUCCCCCCCCCCCCCCCCCCCCCUCGCCUAUGGACCCAGACAGGGGGUGUUUCAGGGUGUCCCAUCCCCCUCAAACCCUUGACCUAUCAUGGUGACUGUGGGAAGGACGCUCUUACUGAUGUCAUUGCUGGUACAAAUACACUGAUCGGAUUGGAGAAAAGUUCCAGGCCCAAAGACUCAUGGGAAUUGUAGUUUCAGCAGGAAAGUGUCUGAACUCUCAACAGACAGUGGCUCUGGACUGGAUCUGAUCUGACCUUUGAACUGUUUGUUUGUUUAUGUCUGACUGUUAUUUUCAUGUGUUUAGGUGUUUUGUUUUGGGGAGAAGUGAUUGGUUGAUUACAGUGUAAUGAAGAGACGCAAAGUGGUACUGUUAUUGUCUAAGUCCCAAACGGCACCAUAGACCCUAAAUAGUGCACUACUUUUGUCAAAAAUAGGGUGCCAUUUGGGACAGUCUUUCAGUCUGAUCAAACGUUGGAAUGUCAAACGUAUCUCCUUAUCUCUUCUCCUCUCUCGCUCUCCCUCUUUCUCUCUCUCUGUCUGGCUGACUGAGAUGACACGCAUGACACCUUUUUUAUGGAAUGUCUAAAAUCAUAAUAAUAAUAAUACAAAUGGUGAUGAUGAUGAUGGUACAUGAAGGAUGCCUGUGUAUGAUACAGUAUAGAAGAACAUAUCUAAAUCCUAUUUUUCCAGUACAAUCGGUAUGGUACAAUGUUGGACUGGUACUAGUCCCAAACUUCUGAAGAGAGUAUGUACAUUACAUGUGAAAAAACGGCAUAAAAACCCAACUAAAACAACCAGAAAAAUA